AUGGGUUGCGUGAAGUCAAAGGAAGAUAGCAUCCAAGAGAAGAUGCAGUUAGGCCAUGAUAAGAAGGACCCCACGUCUGGCAGCAAGCAAGUAAGUGGGAGCUGCAGUGUCCUGGUGGGCACAGGGGAUAUGGAGCCACCUGGGUGGCAGCGGGCACAGGGCUGGGGUGGGUACUGAGAUGGGAGUGCAAGGUCUAUCCCAGCCCAGAUUGGUGAGAAUAGAGGAAUGUGGACAGUCAGAGAGAAAUGAAGGUGUUGAGGAAGGAGACGCUCUGACAGUGCUAGGCAAGCUGGACGAGUGUCCAAGACCCCCACGGGUCCCAUCGUAUGCCAUCAUUACACUCUCCUGUUUGUUGUUCCACUUGCAGCAUGAUGAACACGGAGUGUCUGUGCCCCCCCGGCGGAUGGUGCGUACACACAGUGAUGGGGAGGAGGGGAGUACAGUGGGGUCCUCAGUGGAACCAAACCUGGUGGUGUGGGAGUUCUGUGCUUCCUGGCAGCAGGGACACGUGGGUGUGUGGUGCGUGGUCCCAACAUGGGGACAGGCACACAAGAGCCACUCUCACUGCAGGCUCAGGGGACAACGUGGUGCUGGCACUGUAUGACUAUGAGGCGAUGCACUCUGGGGACCUGAGCUUCCAGAAAGGGGAACAGCUGCAGGUCCUGGAGCAGCUGGGAGAGUGGUGGCAGGCACGGUCGCUGGUGACAGGGCGCAAGGGCUUCAUCCCCAGCAACUUCGUCGCCCGAGCUAACUCACUGGAGGCAGAAGAGUGGUUCUUCAAGGGUAUCAGCCGGAAGGAUGCGGAGCGGCAGCUGCUCAGCCCCGGGAACACAUUGGGAUCCUUCAUGAUUCGGGACAGUGAGACGACCAAAGGUUGCUACUCCUUGUCGGUGCGGGAUGGGGACGGCCUGCAUGGAGGCAGCAUCAAGCACUACAGGAUCCGGACACUGGAUAGUGGUGGCUUCUACAUCUCUUCACGCAGCAGUUUUGACACACUGCAGGAGCUGGUGGAGCACUAUAAGGGGCAGAGUGAUGGGCUGUGCCAGAGGCUCACCUACCCCUGCAGUGUGCCCAAACCCCAGAAGCCCUGGGAGAAGGAUGCCUGGGAAAUUCCUCGGGAGUCGCUGAAGCUGGAGAAGAAGCUGGGAGCCGGGCAGUUUGGAGAAGUGUGGAUGGCAACCUACAACAAGCACACCAAGGUGGCAGUGAAGACAAUGAAACCCGGCAGCAUGUCUGUGAGUGCCUUCCUGGAGGAGGCAAACCUCAUGAAGAGCCUGCAGCACGACAAGCUGGUGAGGCUGCACGCUGUGGUCACCAGGGAGGAGCCCAUAUACAUCAUCACCGAGUUCAUGGAGAAAGGGAGCCUGCUAGACUUCCUGAAGAGUGAGGAGGGCAACAAGCAGCCACUGCCAAAGCUGAUUGACUUCUCUGCGCAGAUUGCAGAAGGAAUGGCUUUUAUUGAGAAGAGGAACUACAUUCACAGAGACUUGAGAGCUGCCAACAUUCUUGUGUCAGCGAUGUUGGUCUGCAAGAUUGCAGACUUUGGGCUGGCCAGGAUCAUUGAAGACAAUGAGUACGUAGCUCGGGAAGGUGCCAAAUUUCCCAUUAAAUGGACUGCACCAGAAGCAAUCAACUAUGGAUCUUUCACUAUAAAAUCUGACGUCUGGUCCUUUGGGAUCCUCCUGACCGAGAUCGUUACCUACGGGCGCAUCCCAUACCCAGGGAUGUCGAGCGCGGAGGUGAUCAGAGCUCUGGAGCACGGCUACCGCAUGCCCCGCACAGAAAGCUGUCCUGAGGAGCUCUACGAUGUCAUGAUGAGAUGCUGGAAAACCAAACCAGAGGACCGUCCCACCUUUGAGUACAUGCAGAGCAUUUUGGAGGAUUUCUUUACUGCGACAGAGGGCCAGUACCAGCAGCAGGCAUAGAGCAGAAAGUGUGGUGAAGGCAGCAGAGAGCACUGUGCACGCCAUCCCAGCAGCACCACACGCACCCUGCUCCUCCCUGUCCCACUUGUGGUGUUCAAUGUGUGCCUUCCUCAUCUGCCAGCCCGGUACAGAAAAUGAAGACUUCCAGAUGUGGUCUGGCUGGGCACAAGGGGCAAAAGUGGAGCAGUUCAUUUGAGCCUCUGGGUACAGCACUGCAGCACUUCAUCUCAUCCCUGCCCCGGGACUCUGAGGAGGUGUCACAGAACCACAGCUCCCUUUGGGUGUCCCACACGCUUCUCGUGGUGCUUCAUCUGCUGAGCGUGAGGAAUGCACGUGUAGCGGGGCUGAUUGCACCUCAGUGAUA